CAGUCGGGCAAAGUGGCAUGACGCCGACGGCAUUUGCAUUCCUGAUUCCGGUAUUCGUUGUUGUGGUUUUUGCGCCAUUUAUUUGUGUAUUCUGCAUUAAAAGGAAACGACGCGGACAACAGCCAUUGCCUGUGAGAGCCGUGAAGGUUAAAAAACCAGCACUCCGAAGAGCAGAGGCGAGGGAACGCUUGAAGCAGUUCGCCGAUGCAUCGGAUGUGGCGGGUGAGGUCAGAGAGGCAGUAAACGGCGAAACUGAGCAGGGAGAACAAAUACCGGUCGUUCCGGAUAGUGCUUCGACAUCUGAACAUGAAUGCGCAAUAUGUCUCUCGGCCCUUCACGCACCGGCACCACCGGAAGCUGCACUCCUUGCCCCAUCAGAUACAUCCAUCGUUGAUGAAGCUGCUACGAAUCCUACCACACCUCCUCCCAGCGAGGCUGACGCCAUCCUGAAACUCCGCACGUGCUCCCACACCUUCCACGCCGAGUGUCUCGUAUCGUGGUUCGUCUUGCGAAAGACAACAUGUCCGAUAUGUCGAACAGCGUAUAUCUCGAAAGAAGAUAUGCAGGCGUACGAGGAGGAAGAGGCUGCCGAGACGGCGGUAGUUGAGCCGAUGACCGUUGAAGAACCUCCGGCUGCACCAGCCGCAACCGCACCCUCGGUGACGAGUUGGCGAUACUUCUGGGCUGGCCAGAGUGUAAUAGGACGCGAAAACGCAUUAGCUGCGACGAGACAGGGUGUGACAGAUGUGGAAGGUGGGCAGCAGAGGGAGAGAAGGUGGAGGAUCUGGAGACGUAGCUAGACGAGGCGAACAUGAGAAACGAUUUCCUUUGCAAUUGUUUCUUCCAUUGGCGCAUCGCCGCAGUCGACCAAA